CGACGGCGUCGUGAAGACGGAGAGCGCUUGACGGCUGGCCGGAGAGUCAACUUGUGGGGAGCCGUGAAGCGGGGAGGCAGCGUCGCCAUGAGGCAGAAGAAGAAAGGAGACCUCAGCCGGGCAGAGCUGAUGAUGAUGACCAUCACGGACGUCAUCAAGCAGCUCAUUGAAGCUCACGACCAGGGCAAAGAUGUCAACUUGAACAAGAUAAAGACCAAGACAGCUGCAAAGUAUGGGCUUUCGGCACAGCCCCGCCUUGUGGACAUCAUUGCUGCGGUGCCUCCCCAGUAUCGCAAAGUGCUGGUUCCCAAGCUGAAGGCGAAGCCCAUCCGCACUGCUAGUGGGAUUGCUGUUGUGGCAGUGAUGUGUAAGCCACACAGAUGUCCACACAUUAACUUCACAGGAAACAUUUGUGUGUACUGUCCAGGGGGUCCCGAUUCUGACUUUGAAUAUUCAACUCAGUCUUACACCGGAUACGAGCCAACUUCGAUGAGAGCCAUCCGUGCCAGGUACGACCCUUAUCUCCAGACCAGGCAUCGUGUUGAGCAGCUGAAGCAGUUGGGUCACAGUGUGGACAAAGUGGAGUUCAUUGUGAUGGGCGGGACGUUCAUGGCACUUCCCGAAGAAUACCGGGAUUAUUUUAUCCGCAACUUACACGACGCUUUAUCGGGCCACACCUCCAACAACGUGGCAGAGGCUGUCAGAUACUCUGAGCGAAGCCUUACAAAGUGCAUUGGCAUAACUAUAGAGACCCGGCCAGAUUACUGCCUGAAACGGCACUUGAGCGAUAUGUUGUCAUAUGGAUGCACCAGGCUGGAGAUUGGUGUGCAGAGUGUCUAUGAGGACGUGGCCAGAGACACCAAUAGGGGCCAUACGGUGAAGGCUGUGUGCGAAUCAUUCCACCUAGCCAAAGACGCCGGGUUCAAAGUGGUGGCACACAUGAUGCCAGACCUGCCCAACAUGGGACUGGAGAGAGACAUCGACCAGUUUGGGGAGUUUUUCGAGAAUCCCGCCUUUCGCCCUGAUGGCAUGAAGCUCUACCCGACCCUCGUGAUCCGUGGCACCGGCUUGUACGAGCUCUGGAAGACCGGGAGGUACAAGAGCUACCCUCCGAGCACCCUCGUGGAUUUGGUGGCGAGGAUACUGGCUCUCGUGCCUCCGUGGACGCGAGUAUACCGUGUGCAGAGGGAUAUUCCGAUGCCUCUCGUCAGUUCUGGGGUAGAGCACGGCAACUUGAGGGAACUCGCUCUGGCCAGGAUGAAAGACCUGGGGACGGAGUGUCGCGAUGUGAGGACGAGAGAAGUCGGAAUUCAAGAGAUUCAUCACAAAGUGAGACCUUAUCAGGUUGAACUGAUCCGGAGAGACUACGCGGCCAACGGCGGCUGGGAGACCUUCCUAUCCUAUGAGGACCCCGAGCAGGACAUCCUGAUCGGCCUGUUGCGCUUGCGGAAGUGCUCAGAGGAGGCGUUCCGGGCGGAGCUGAAGGGGGGCGUCUCCAUUGUCCGAGAGCUCCACGUCUAUGGGAGCGUGGUCCCCGUCAGCAGCCGCGACCCCUCGAAAUUCCAGCAUCAGGGAUUUGGGAUGCUCUUGAUGGAAGAGGCGGAGAGAAUCGCUAAGGAAGAGCAUGGGUCGUGGAAGAUCGCAGUCAUUUCAGGUGUGGGCACCAGGGACUACUACAGGAAGAUCGGCUAUGAACUGGAUGGGCCCUACAUGGUGAAAAGGCUGGACUGAGAAACGGGCGGAGCUGGGAGCAUUCAAGGCUGUGUCUUUGAACCUCGGUUCUCUUGAGGCCUCCAGGCAGAAGGGGAAUGGCAACCUCCUGAUGCAAAAGCCUGGUUUGCAGGUGAAAAUACUGGGCAGCCCAGAGAGCAAAGAGUUCCACUCCCGCUGGCGAUGUCCCCCACUUGGGCCGCAGAAUCUUUGCAGCUAGACUCCUCCUCUAACUUGCAAGGGAUUCUCUUUUUGCCAUUUAAGUUGGAAAUAUUAAUUGCCUUUGAAUGCAGAAUCAAGGGGAGCUCAUUUCAAGUCUCUGGUUUUAUUUAAGAGUACAGCUGCCUGCAAUUUGAAACCUGCCUUUUUGCACUCAGUGGCGUCCCAUUUUACACCGGGAUGGUUCCCCCCCCCCUAUUUCUAAGGAACCCUUUUUGAAAUGAUUCUAUGGUUUGUAGUGGCUUUCAUACACGAGCACCUGCUUUUAUCAGCAGGGACCUUCAAGAGGACUAGAACCUUGAGGCGGAGAUCUUCUAUCAACUUGCCUUGGGCUGAAGAGUGUGUACAUUAGCCGCCUUUCCCCCUCUGCUGGGGAGGACUUAAGAGGAUAAUUUUGCUUGUGGGCACCUUGCUCUCUUGAAGCUGUUUGCAUCUGAUUGGCUUUCAACCCUGCCUCUUGUCCAAAACUCAGCUGCCCUCUCUGCAUUGUGGGAGCUUAAGACCACUCUGGGUUGUUGUUUUAGCAGUUUGGCUUCUUUUGUUUCAACACGCUUGUCAGUGGCACAUCUUUGCCUCGUUCUUUUGCAAGGAGAGAAAGAGGCGGCAAUUGCAAUGUGCUCCUUUCAGAUUCCCACUCAGCCACGGUGCAGAAAAUAUGCAAACAGUGCCAAUGUCCAUUGUGGUGUCAAUAUCUGCAGCCUCUUCCAUCAGAGGAGAAUCAGCAUUAUUUUACAAAUGUCCCCCCCCUCCCUCCCCAGGGGGCAGGGACACCAAGGAGGAGGAAUCCUAGAUCCAAAUGCAAUAGCCUCUCCUGGAUGAUGUAAGCCAGGCACGUCCAACAGGUAGAUCGUGAUCUACCAGUAGAUCACUAUACGUCUGUGGUAGAUCUCUGGUAGGUCACUGGCUCCCCCCAAAGAAGCUUUGGCUCUACCCCAAAAGGCUCAAAAUUUUAGCUCUUCACCCCUUUUCCACCUGCCUCAGAAAAGCUCAACAACUUUGACCCGAACCCCUUAGAAAUGGGCCUUCCUUAAAAAAUCUCAACAACUUUGACCUGAACCCCUAAAAGGGGGGGGGGUAGAUUACUGCCAGUUUUUAACUCUGUGAGUAGAUCGCAGUCUCUUGGGAGUUGGCCACCCCUCAUGUAAGCUCUAUAUUUUUUUCAUGUUUGCAAAAGAGCAGGACUGCUUUGUCCUCGUGCACUUAGAGCAGAGGCAGGGCCCCUCCAGAUUUUGUUGGGCUCAAACUCCCAUAGAUUACGGCCGGUGGGAGUUAUAGUGCAGCAGUUCCCCCCCCCCCUUGGGUUGACGCUAAGGCUUCUCUGUGGUUUGCAUUCAUAGACGCCACCAAAGAUGGAGCUUGUGAAAGAUGUGCAUCUUCUGCAAAGCUCCUGCUAAUAAAUACCCAGGUGUUUGUUUGUU